GCGCAGUACUGAAACUCUCGCAGUUGCAAUUAAGGAUUCGGUGUGGGUGUGCGCGCCCGUUCUUUGUUUCUUUGGUGUUCAACACUGUGCUCGCAAUCAAUAUGCGGCUCAACGCAAUUGUGCCCAAUUUCAAGGCCGACAGCACUCAAGGGCCCAUCGAUUUUUACGAGUGGCAGGGCGAUUCUUGGGUCGUGCUCUUCUCCCACCCGGCGGACUUUACGCCCGUGUGCACGACCGAGCUCGGCCGGCUGGCCGUCCACAACGGGCACUUUGAGCGCCGCAACGUCAAACUGCUCGCCCUGUCCGUCGACCAGCUCGAGGACCACGUCGACUGGCUCAACGACAUAAAAUCGUACUGCCGCGACAUCCCCGGCGAGUUCCCGUACCCGAUACUUGCCGAUCCGCAGCGCGAUCUUGCCGUCCGGCUCGACCUGAUCGACGAGGGGAGCAAGGAUGACCCCGAGCACGCCUACACCGUGCGCGCCCUCUACGUCAUCAGUCCCGACCACCGGCUACGGCUGUCCAUGCACUACCCCACCUCCACCGGACGCAACGUCGAUGAGAUAUUGCGCGUCAUAGACUCGUUGCAGCUCGUCGAUAGAAAACCGCAAGUCGUUACGCCGGCCAACUGGACGCCCGGCGACAAGGUGAUGGUGGUGCCGUCGGUGAAGGACGAGGAGUUGGACGAGCUGUUUCCCGGAGGAGUCGACAAGGUCUCGAUGCCCUCGGGGAAGGUUUACGUGCGCACCACUACCGAUUAUUAACGAUAUCGAUCACAAUAAUAAUAACAAUAAUAAUAAUAAUAUAUUUUUCUACCGUUUAUGUUUUUGUUUUCUUUAAGUAUAGAUUUUAUGGAGUAUGUUAUAUGAUAUUAUGUAUUUGAUAAAAAAUAAAAAUGAAUAAUCGAAGGA